AUGAAGAGUAAACAAACUAAUAAUUCAGAUGAUUUAAAUGAUGAAGUUGGUGAGGAAUCCGACACAGACCUCCCAGUGGCUCUCAGUUUUACACAACAAGCUAAACAGCGCGAGUUACAUCAAAAGCAGAUCAACAAAGCUAUUAUUGAAGCACGUCUAAAAAGAAAGGCGAUUCGCAAGGCUAAACAUAAUAAACAGGGACAAACAGUUCAUCAUCCCAAGGAUAAAGAGGUUGAUGAUGAAGUUCAAUUUUCACCACCGAAUGAACAGCAAAAGUUAAAGGAAAAAGAUCCUUUAGAAGAAGAAUUUAACUUCCCAGGACAUUUCAAAGCAUCAGACCACCUUCAUUGUGAAGAAGCAGACGAUGAUGAUGGUGAUGAUGAAGAUCAGUCUUCUGUUCAUAAUGAACGUUCGUUUUCGGAUAUAGCUGAGGAUAAAUCAGUGUAUGGCAAUGAAUCCGAUGAAGGAUACGACGGUAGUGAAGAACAAGAUAGACGUAAACCUAAAUCAAUUCUGUUUGAUGAUAUCGACUCGUCUACUGUUGAUCCUGAUGAUGAACAAAAUUCUAAAAAUUCUGAUUUAACCUCAUGGGAUCAUAAAACUUGGAAGAAGAUAAAUCGAUUGAAUGGGAUUCAUGUUCGUAUUUUAGACAGUGCAAAUAUUGAAAGGACAGCUCGACAGACAUGUAAUAGUUUUAGACAGAAUCAUUUAUUUUCUUCUUCAUACUCUGGAAGAUAUGGAGAUGUAAAAAGAAUUGCACCAAAUACACUGAGAAAUUUGUCAAGGAAAAAGAAAGCAUUAGCUUCAGGACGAUAG